AUGACCGCCUACGAGAAGCAAGAUCACAGUCGCGCUGAUAUGGUAGUAAAGCCGGUACUCAGUGCGAAGGAAGUCCUCGUCGACAAGAGCGUUGGGGUGGGAACGAUUAAUUGCACCAAUUGCGGCGCAUUGAUGUCGGCCGACGCGCCUUUAACCUCCUACAUCUUAAUUCUCCUGAACCUCGGGGACGGAGAUUAUGCAAGACACUAUAUCCUGUGUGAGGCAAAGCGAGAUUGGUUCGCAAAUUUUCCGAAUAAAAACCUACUGGUGAGACGCUGGAAACAGAGACGACAAGAGACGACGGAGACAAUUGCAAGAGAGGGCCGCAGCUUCAGAGUUGAAUAUGCUCUCCCUAGGCCUGGACCAACUUCUCUCGUCCUUUACUCCCGCGUAUCGACUAUGGACCUUCUCCCCAUAGAGACCUGGCAGACGGUGUUCAGCUAUGCUUGUACCGACGGCGGGCUCACUGCUGCAUCGCUCGCCAUCACUUGCAGAUACUUUCGCGAUGCGAUCAAACCCAUCCGAUUCCAGAGUGUGAAGCUCGUUGGGAUGACUCACCUCCUCUCCUUCUCGCGAUUCCUGGAAGAGGAACAAGAGCUCCGCAUUCGAUACCUCUUUGUCAGCGACAGAGGAGAGUGCAAUUCAAUUCCUUUGCAGAAGGAUCGGGACGCCGCUCUCGUUCGCAUCCUCCAGAAGGUCUCACCGACGAUUGAGAUCCUGUUCCUGGAUCUGCAAAGCGGGCGGGACUACCUUCUCUCCCCCGUCUCGCUACCUGCCCUACGGGAACUUGGAGUGUACGGGACAUACAGUCCCGACGACGAUACCAUCACACCUUCCCUGGAGCCCUUCCACAACCUCCGACGCCUGCACUUCAGCGGCACGUACGACCUUCACUCUCACGGCCCACGGGUGGGCAACGCUCUCGUAGACGUGACAAGACUCGCGCCAUCACUCACUCAUCUGGGGAGUACGAGCGGCAGCAUCGUAGCGUUGACCCUAGACAGAGUCGCGCGCGCUCUGGGUAUUCUCAACUCGCCGAACGCCCAGCGCGUGCAGAUUCCUGCAACCGUCACCCACGUCUACAUGAAACCCCACAAAUUCCUCCAUGCCUACAGGGAGAUCUCGACCGUCAGGAAUCUCGCUGCGCGGGACGGAAGCGCUGGUGCUGCACCGACCGAUGUGUUGGAUCCCUACGCAAAUUGGUCGGCAGCGGUUCAGGGACGAGAAGGGAUGUGGGCGCAUGCGGUAGAUGUAGCAUCCCUGAGGAACAGUCAAAGAUUAGACCGAUUCAGCCUCAUGAUAUGACCCUAACAACCAUGAAUACAUAGGUAUUACUUGCUUUGAAGUAGUCGACUUUCUCACCCCCAUCCCUUUCAAAUAUAGCACAUGCUAGAUAGCACGUUGAUCUUGGUAGCGCACGAGACACACGCACCAUUUGAUAACGAUC